GUGCCAAUUUCGCCCUAGAGUAAUUUUCACCGCGAUUUAAAUUAGUUUUUUUGCUUUAUAGGUCAAUUUGACGAUGACUUGUAAAUCUUGUUUCUACGUCAUUGUUUUUUGCAUCAGUUGUUACGUAACGGAACGGCCUGAAAAUGUAAACGCAAUACUAGUGGUACGGGGUCACCCCACUACGCGACGGUCAUGAUUAGGGGCUGAACGCGACAUUAGUACAAUGGAAGCAAUGAACAACACGCGUCGCUUCACCAUGAUGCCGGGUCCAAAACCGUUGCCGUUACUGGGCAACUCGUGGCGAUUCGCGAUCGGUCUCAAACCAUGGCAAACUCUCAGCUUGGAUCGUACAUUGUGGUAUUUAAAAGCUCUAGCUGGGUCAAGUGGAGUCGCUAAGGUGGCCAAGUUAUUUGGGCAUCCGGAUUUGGUAUUCCCGUUCUGCGCUGAAGAGACGGCAAGGAUAUAUAGGCGAGAAGACUCAAUGCCACAUAGAGCUGUUGCACCUUGCCUCAAACAUUAUAAACAGGAGUUGAGGAAAGAGUUUUUUGGAGAAGAACCUGGGCUUAUCGGAGUACAUGGCAUGCCAUGGUCGAAAUUUCGAUCGAAAGUAUCAAGAGCUCUCAUAGCCCCAGAGGCUGCGAGGGCAGCGGUGCCAUCUUUAGAUCAUGUGGCUGAAGAUUUUGUUUUGAGAAUGGAGAAAAUCCUCGACGAAAAAUGCGAGCUGCCACAGAAUUUUCUAACGGAACUCUACAAGUGGGCUCUUGAAUCUGUGGGCGCAUGGGCUCUGGGUACACGCCUUGGAUGCUUAAAUGACGACGACACCGACGCUCGGGACAUAAUCAGAAGCAUCCACGGCUUCUUCCAUAGCGUUCCAGAGCUCGAACUCUCCGCCCCAUUGUGGCGGUUGUAUCCGACAAUGGCUUACAAAACAUACGUAGAUGCAUUAGACACCUUCAGAUCGCUCUGUUUAAGAAGAAUGACUGAUAAGGGUAUUUGCGGACACAUUGCCAAAACAUACGGCACGAAGUUUGCCACCAUAUUGGCUUUGGAUUUGAUGUUAGUUGGUGUGGAUACCACGGCGGCAGCAGCUGCAAGCACCAUAUAUUUAUUAGCUACUAAUAAAAGGGCACAAAAGAGAUUGCAAGGCGAACUCGACGCGAAUAUUGCCAUAGACCGAGUGCUUACGAGUAAAGAUUUAGAUCAGCUACCAUACCUACGAGCUUGUAUAAAAGAAGCUUUGAGAAUAAAACCUGUGAUAUUGGGUAACGGAAGAUGCAUUCAAUCUAAUACGGUUAUAUCCGGAUAUGAAGUCCCAAAAGGAUGCCACGUUGUAUUCCCGCAUUAUAUACUAUCAAAUGACGAGCGGUAUUUUCCAUCGCCAGAAGAAUAUGUUCCCGAAAGAUGGCUGAGAGAAGAUUUAAUUGAAAAAAAUGGAACAAACAAGCAGAAUAAUGGAAAAGAGUUUGAUUCUUUUAAAACAAAAGGGCAGAUAUCAUUAGAAUACUUAGAUGAAAUAAAGCAGGGGUCGAUAGAAUGUCAGCACGCAAGAACAAUGUCAAUAUGGCGGAAACAAAAGGAACUAGGUAUCCACCCCUUCGCGUCUCUCCCCUUCGGCUUCGGUCGUCGUAUGUGUAUCGGAAAAAGAUUUGCAGAAGCCGAACUGCAACUACUGCUGGCUAAGAUGUUCCAUAAAUACGAGGUGCUGUGGCGCUACGGUGAGCUGACGUACAGCGUCACGCCGACAUACAUACCGAACGAGCCCCUGCGGUUUACAUUGAAGCCGAGGCAGAAAACAACGAAUGUUUACGAAUAAUUUUAGUUACUGUGCAAAUCCUUCGUCAGUAAUAUUCAUAUUUGAAAAACUAAGUUUGAUGAUUAUAAUGCUGGUCGCUGCAUACCAUACGCUACCUACAAUUCUAGAAAGGCGAUAAAAGAUGCUUAGAUAUACUAUUUACACAAGUAACCUAUUUUAGAAAGAAUGUUUCCCCAAGGAAUGCCUCAAAGCACGGUCCUGAGCUACCUGUACCCAUCGACUGUCUGCAUCUCUUACCAGGUGGUCACUCCAUCUAUUGGGGCCACUCAAGUUCGAGAACAUUUCUUACCUAGGUCACUGAUCCGUUGGGCUAUGUCGGACUAGUGACCGACGUAGUCGUGAUGUUCUACAGCGAAUAUCCACACUACGAAGUGUAUCACGCAGAGAAACUCCGAGCAUAGCCUUUGCAGUAGCUAGCUGAAUAACCUUAAGCUUCCUCAUACGGCUAGCAGACAAGGAAUCACGUGUCUUGAAAUUCAAUUAAAUCAAUGAAUACAAAGAAAGUUUAGCUUAAAACGUUAUACAUAAGGAUAUUUAUAAGUAUUCUAUUUUUCUAAGUAUUCACUAUCUUUAAGUAAGACUGCAUUAGCUUAAGAAUGUAUUUUUACAUACAAAGAUUCGUUACACAAAGUACCUACAUUAGAUUAUUUUGUAGAUAAAAAUAUUAUACAACUGAAUUAGGUCAUAGGGGUGUACCAUAACAAACAAACACCUAACUAGAUAAUAUAAUUAAUUAUCUUUUAUUGAAAUAAAUUACUUAAAGGCUGAUAACUA